AUGGAGAACCCGACCUACUCGGGGCUGACGGCGUUUGCGACGCAGCAUUUCCCUGAGCUGUCGAAUCUCGAGCGGCUUUGGUGGGCUCACUACGCAUACUGGAACAGCGACAUCAUCGCUACAGGCCUGAUUACCUUCCUUUCACACGAGAUCGUCUACUUCACGCGCUGCUUCCCAUGGAUCAUUGCCGACUCGCUGCCGAGCAUCUUCCGCAAAUACAAGAUCCAGGACCAGAAGAUGCCCACGGCGGCCGACCAGUGGGCCUGCACGAAAUACAUCCUGCUCAUCCACUUUGUGGUCGAGCUGCCGCUCAUUGUCUUCUUCCACCCGAUGAUGGAGUUCUGCGGCGUCCACUUCGACAUUCCCUUCCCCACGAUCCGCGCCAUGAUCCCCCAGAUCAUCAUCUUCUUCCUCGUCGAAGACACCUACCACUACUGGAUUCAUCGCCUCAUGCACUGGGGCCCGCUCUACCGCUCCAUUCACCGCAUCCACCACCAGUACGCCACCCCGUUCGGCUUGGCCGCCGAAUACGCCAGUCCCUGGGAGACCCUCGUUCUGGGCUUCGGCACUAUCGGACCCCCGCUCGUCCUCGGCUACUUCACUGACAAUGUCCACCUUCUCACUGUCAUCAUUUGGGUCACCCUGCGCCAGUUCCAGGCCAUCGACUCCCACUCGGGUUACGAUUUCCCCUGGAGCAUGCGCCACUGGAUGCCCUUCUGGGGCGGCGCCGACUGGCAUGACGAUCACCACCGCUACUUCUGGGGUAACUACUCCAGUUCCUUCCGCUGGUGGGAUAUUAUGAUGGGAACCGUCUCCGGCCCGGACGCCAGGAAGAAGAGACGCGCCGCCAGGGAGGCCAAGCUGGCGGCACAAACCAAAACGGAGUGA